AUUCUGUGCGGGAAAGGCGGAGGGAGGCAAAGGGAGCUGGGAGCAGCCGCAGCCUCACCCUCGGUCAUUUCAGUCGCUGCAUGCCAGGCUCUGACAGCCGAUGGGAACCCCUCCCCACAAACGCACAAAGGCGCACGCACACACACGGGCACACACACACACACACACACACACACUCCCGAACCUGCAAGAGCCAGCCUUGAGCCUUUCUGCCAUUGGAGCCACGGCCCCCUACAGGACGCAAGGGGGCAGCUUCCCCAGUUCCAGGGAAGCAGGUGACCUGUGGCUGUGCGGGAUGCCCCCCCUCCUUUAUUAAUGGGACUCACGCGCGGCUCCGCAUUUCAGCCUGUGCUAUCUCGGAGCUUGCUCCGAUCCCAUCUUCUACCCAACACUCAAGGGCAAGGAGUAGUGGCUGCGGCUACCAGGUGAUGAAUUUCUCUGCAAGGUCAUUGCUUUCAGUCUCCUGCCUUCUUACUGGCUUUGAAAAAGAUUGGUUUGUGUCGGAGUUGUGCCUCAUUGCCCUCACUCUGAAGAUCAGCUGUCACUCUGCAGGGACACUAUCAGAGGAAGUCCCCAGAGAUUGUCCUAAAGAGAUCUUCCAUGGGGACUGUGCCUGACCCAUUGAGAUUAACCAAAGUUUCCCUGUCUGCAGCUCCAGAAGAGGCAGAAGAGCUUCAACAGCAUCCUUCUGUUCCACAGCAGACAUCAAUCAUUGCCUAUGCCAGUUCUAAUAGUCUUCCAUGCUUUCCUUCUGAAUCUGUUAGAAUUGGCUUGUUGGACCUCAGCUGCCCUGGACCAGGAGAGGCUAUAAUGAAAGACUCUGAGCAUGAUAUCACCCAGACCGUCAUGUCUUCUGGCAUCUCCAAUGAGGAAGAAAAACUACCCCCCACAUAUAGCAGCCCUCAAGAUAGCUCUCAACAUCAAGGGAGCAGUGAACAUGUAGCACAAAUCCCAGGUCCAGUGGUAGAUUUGAGCCUUACACACUCAGUGGUUAAAGUACCAGUCAACCAGGAUGCCUGCCAUCCCACACCUUGUGAUGAGCCAAAGAUCUUGACAGAUGUUGUUUCUUUGACUAUAUCGGACCAGUCCUCCAGGACAUCUCAGCAGUCUAACUUCACUAGCAAACAUUCAGUAUGCCUUAUAGAGCAAGAAAAAACUCUGGAAACAGUGAAGUUGUCUUCCAGAUUCAAAGAAACAGGUACAAUGACAAGCCUAGAUGAGCGUGGAUUUUUGGCAGAGGAGAGGGCAAACAGAACUUGGCAAGAUGCUGAGGUUCAGACGGUAACCAAUAUGGAGAGUAGAUCUGUCUCUACCAGCCCAAGUAUCCUUGCUACAUUCUUAAGGAAAAUUCCUCCUCCUGAGACUCUGGAGCAACAAGAGCAGCUGUGUGUUAUUUACCAGAGCAACAGUAACAUGAACAAUCCAUCAGAGCUCUCUGACAAGUUGGGAGGUCCAAGCCAAGCACCAUGCCACUUUGGUAGCAAGACAGAAAUACACACCCAUGCAGCUACUGGGGCUUCUUCAAAUAUACCAACUUUCCAAGUGGAAAAAAAGCCAACAUAUUCAGCAGCCACAGUCUAUCAAAUGGCAUCAGACAAUGGAAUACCUGGCCCCUGUUUCCUACAAGCAUCAAAUGAUACCAAAACCACACGCAAAGAGGAACAGCAAGCAGUAGAAAUGAUCACUAAAGGAGAAAGUCAGAUCAUUACACAACCAGAACCUACUACUUUCAUCCCACCCAAUGUAAAACCAACUGAUCAGAUUUCUACCCAUCAAGAUGAUAUGAGUCAUGGUUUAGGGAAAGCUGAAACCAAAUCAUCUGAGUUGUCAAUGAAAACCAUUAAUGCCAACCAAGCUGCAAGUGUUCCCAGUGAUCCAUCUUGUAAACCACCCAGCCCUGACAAUGAACUGAACAAAUUUGGUAACUUGAAUGUCACUGACAAAGAUGGUGCAACUGAGAAGGCUUUGCCUACUCAGGUAGUCAAAGAACGGGAGACUGUUGAUCCCAAGGCAGACAUAAAACCAAAAGCAGAGACAAAACCAGAAUUGCUUUGUCCUGAUGCAGAAGGACUAACUGUGUUUACUCCUACCACAGGCAGAAAGAACCAGGACAAAGCCUCUGAAGAAAGUAAGCAGGCAAAGACAGUUACAAGCCUGGGACUACCAGGAGAGUUGAUGGGGGAAUCCAGUCCGAAUUCUGGUAAACGUACACCCUCUCGGUCAGUCAAAGCAAGCCCACGUCGUGCCAGCCGUGUCAGUGAGUUCUUAAAGGAACAAAAAUUAAAUGUCACAGCAGCUGCUGCUCAGGUUGGAUUUACUCCUGGAGAAAAGAAAAAGCAGCUUGGAGCUGAUGCCAAGCUCCAGUUCAAACAGUCCAAGCAAGUUAGAGAUGUCAUAUGGGAUGAGCAAGGCAUGACGUGGGAAGUGUAUGGUGCUUCCCUAGACCCUGAGUCGCUCGGCAUUGCUAUUCAGAACCACUUACAAAGACAAAUCAGGGAACAUGAGAAACUGAUUAAGGUUCAAAGCAAUCAGAACCGGAAAUCCAUUUCUUCUGAUACAUCUUCAAGUAAAAAGCUUAAGGGGAGGCAACACAAUAUGUUCCAGGCCAUGAUGCAGAACUUUAGACGUCCCAACUGUUGUGUCCAUCCUGCUCCCUCGUCUGUGUUAGAUUAAAAGAGAAAACGUACAGAAGAGUGUGUGUAUACUUAGUAGCAACAUGAAUCUUGGUCGAUGACGAAGGUUACGUAUAUUUUAUGUGGAAGGCGGCUAAUCACAAGAAACUGUUAAUUUCGGGAAAUUGCUUCAAUAUCUUAUGAGGACUUUGUCCAUUUGAAUGUCAUAUCUACAGAAAAAAUGUAGGCAAUAGAAUCACAUUUCAGUGUAGCUUUACAUAUUAAAGUAAAAAUAAUAGGCAGAUGCAGAAAUAUUUAUGGAAAAAACAUUGUAGCUAUUUCAUUUUUAUAUUGUUUCCUCACUUUACCAAACUGGAGUUAUUUAUUUGUAUUCAAAUCUUUAUUCUGUAUUAAAAAGUAGGGAUUUAGCACAAACACAUAAAUAUCCUGUCCAAAUCCCUAAUCCAGAAAAUGGGGAAAGGGGUGGGGGUGGGGCUGUACAAGACCAUCUUCAAUGUCCCUAGUAGCUUUUAAAUUCUAUGAUCUUCAUUCAAUAAGGGUGGUAUCAACACACAAAAGCUUUAAGUAGAAGAUAACUAAUAAAAACCAUGAAACUGAAUUUCCAUUUAUUGAUAAGACAGAUUCUAUAAAUUAAAGAAUCCUUAAAAUGCAUAGAAGAAUCCCAUAUCAAUGAAUGUUUACAUGUAUAUGCAGGCAUUCAAGCAUAUCAGUUUUGCUAUAAUAGUUGGCAAACACAAACAAGUUUUAUUAGAGAUGUUGAAGUUUUUUCACAUAUGUAGGAAUAUGGAAAUAUUCUAGUCAGUGAUCUUCUCUGGUACAAUUUCACAUUCUUAGCCUUUAGGAAGUCUAUUGGUCUGAAUUCAUGAAAGGAGUUUUCUAUGACUUUCAAUAAGAAAAAAAAAUCUAAAACGCUUCUCAGUAAAUGUAAAUGUCCACAUAUUAUCAUAUAGUUUUCUAUUGGAAAACCAUAUGAGUAAUAAGAAUACUACAUUCAGUUGCUGAUUCCAGAUUCAAUAAUUACAUAAAUAAACAAAUAUAUAUAAAGUUAUUCUUCCAUUUAAUCUGCCCCAGGCCUAAUUCAAGAAAAUGUGCUGAAUAUUUGUUGAGCCUGAGCUCCCUUGGGACAAUAUUUUCAGUGGCAGCUAGUGGCACAGUGGAUAGAGUGCUGAGGACAGGUGGCAGGAAGACUUGGGUUCAAAUUGGCUUUAGAUACUUCCUAGCUGUGUGACCCUAAGCAAAAUAAAACAAAAAAACCUCUGUUUGCCUCUAUUUCCUCAACUGUAAAUUAGGGAUAGUAAUAGCACCUGCCUUGCAAGUUUCUUGUGAGUCUCAAAUGAAAGCCUCACUGUUAGCACAGUACCUGGCAUUUAAUAGGUGCUAUAUGAAUUCUUAUUGCCUUCUCUUCCCCAUAUCUAAUUUGGAUUUAUGGUUAGUUUGUUGCCUGGAAAAGAAGUGGCCUCACUAACUAAUUUAGUGUGAAAAGCACUAUUAUACAUUUUAUCAGAAAAAUAGAAAAGAAAGGAAUAUUCCUUUUCUAAGCAGUAGUUUCCUAUUUUGGGUACAUCUAUGUUUUGGGGUCUCAUACAGUAAGAUAGUCUACAGCUAGGACAUAUAAGUUUUUAAGGGGCCUAAGCAGUGAUAACAUAGCUCUAUUGUCAUCUCACCCAGUUUGGUGAAAAUACACACAUGAUGUCACUGAGAAGGCAUGUUUUGCAAUGUUUCUUGCUGAGGUGAGCAUUGGCCUGCCCCUAGGUGUAGGGCACUAACUGGGUGCAGGCUGCUGAAAAGACCACUUAUUUUAAUUGAUGUAAAAUGUUAAUUUCUCCUUAAAGUGCAGGUCUCUGAGCACAGACCAUUUUUCAGCACCUGAUACAGUGCUUUGUGUCCAGUAAGUCCUCCAGUUGAUUUUUAAUCAUUUGGUGUUUUUUUUAUUGGUUUGCAAGAUCUGAACUUGAGAAGAACAAUGCCUAACUUUAAUGCCACACACAAAUUGCAGAGGAUGAAAAUAUCAUUCAUAUAUAUUUAAAUGAAGAAGAAUCCCAAAUGUUUGUGGGAACAUAUGUCCCAAAGAAACCAAGUUAUAUCGUUUGGUAUAUUGGAACCGGAGUUGUAUUUUUGACAACUUUUUUUUUAAUUAAAAAUAUUUUGUAGUUAGCAGUUCUGAUUAUCUGAUACUGACACCAAACUACUUUAUGGGAUUUUUGUUAUCUUCUUUUCAAAAUAAGCUUCUCUCCCACCCCAAACAACAAUUUAUUUAGUAAUGCAUGAGGUUCCAGAAGCAAAUUGGAACCAAGGCUCUUGGUCUGCAUGAGGACCCAGAACCCUGGUUUCUACACAGUUAAUAUACAGUUAAAGGAGUAAAAAAUGCACAAAACUAGGGUGUAGGGAUUGAGCCACCUUGUUUUUUAAUACCUUUUAUUUUCACAUCACAUGUGUUGCUCUGUAAGUACUUUCCUCCCCCACCUCUCAUUUGAACCUUUCCUUGUAACAAAGAGAAAUAGUUAAGAAAAAAAUACCAGAUUUAGUGACCAUGUCUGACAAUUUAUACAUUUUGUCCUAGUAGGCCCACACUCUGUUACAGAGAGGAGAGAGAUAUGUUUCAUAAUCUUUACUUGUUUAAUUUCUUUUUAGUCUUUCAUUUAUAUUGUGGUAAUUACUAUGUAUCUUGUUUUCUUGGUUUUGCUUUUCCAUUCUGUAUCUGUUCACAUACAGCUUCCCAAGGUCCCUUAAUUCCCAUAAUUUAUCUUUUUAUUGCUACAUAAUAAUUUUAGUUUAUAUUCAUAUGCUAUAGUCUUUUUGGCCAUUGUCCUAUGAAAUUUUAUUUUUAUAAUAACAUGAUAUUUAUAAAGUGUUUCAGAACACAGCAAUAAUUAUUUAUUUUUCAAAUAUUUAUUUAGUACCUGCUAUGUAAAAGUCACUGCUAGAUACUAAAUUAUUGAUCAUUGAGUCCUAAAAAAAGAAAUAAUUUUUUAAAAAACUAACAGAAUUAUGAUAGUAGUUAAUAGUUAUUUGUAGUGUGGGAUUCCUUUGAGAUAGUAGUAUUCUUACCUCAUGAUAUUCUUAAAUUAUUGACUUUUUUAUUAAAUAGCCUUUAUUUAGAAUUUUGUUGGAUUCAAUAAACAAUAUAAAUAUAGGUAUACAAUGCAGAACUCACUGAAGAAGAAUAAUGUAGUAUCAAUAAUUGAAUAUAUGAAUACCAACCAUUCAAAUCAAAAUAAUAUAUUUAUUUCAUAUUUGAUCAACAUUUUUGAUAGUUGUUGUUUCAAAAUAUAUUUGAUGAGUGAGGAUUUUUUUUCUUUGAGCUUAUUUUACUAGAGGUUUGAAUUUGCAAGUUUUAAGAGAUUAAUUUAAUUUCUUAUGAACAAUAUUUCCUAAAAAUUUAUUUUCAGUAAUAGAGUUUUAUGUUGGCUAAACUAGAAGGGAAAGAAUUGAGCUAGAAUUCAGUAUAUAGCAGAAAAUGGAAAUAAAACAGAAACUGUUGGGAUAGUCUUUUUUCUUGGCAAGUGAAUGGGGAUUUUUAAAAAAUCUAAAUUCUUCGUUGUCUGCUUUCAUGAUAACAGUAAUAUUUGGGUACAGAAAAAAUAACUAUCUUAUGGAUUUGUCUUCUAUCAAGAUUUCAUUUAUCUCUUUUUUCUUCUCUUAAGAAUUUUCUAAUUCUUUGUUCCUAUAUGUCUCAUUUUUGUUACCACAAUCUCAAAUUAUGUAUAUGAAUACGGUUAAUUUUUUUUAACUUCAGUAGUAAGGGAAUUAAUAUAAUUUUUGUUAUUAUAGAUAGGCUCAAAUUAUGUAUAUUAAUACAGUUAAUUUUUUUAACUUGAGUAUAAAGGAAAUGGAACAUUACCAGAAAGCUUUUCAGUUUUAACCAAAAUUGAGAUAUUUGUAAAAAAUGUAUUUAGUACAUUUUACUUACUUUGGUCAUUUUGGUAUCCUGCACAUGAUUUAAUCACAGGUACCAUAGCUAUCCCUUAAAACUUCUCCAAAAAGCUUAAAGAUGAAAUAGGUUAUCACUUUUAAACUUUUAUUUUCUGUUUUUCAUUUCUUUCUCUUCAUUUUCAUUUUGUUAUUUCUCUUCUCUUUUUAUAAUCAAUACUUGCACCAAAAGUGUAUCACAUUAAAUUUAAAUUGCUUUAUAGAAGAUACUCAAGGAUUUUGAUGUGAAUUUAGGUUGUUUCAACAUUGUUUUAGCUAGGCACCUCUUAUUUUGAUUCUAUAAAGUGAGCUAAGUAUCAGUUCCCUUUAACAACAACUCAAUCUAGCAAAGAUUCCACACAUUUCUUGACAUUUUAAAGAAAAUCUAUCAUAUAUAAGUAGAAUUUGUCAAUAUGUAUGCAUUUUAUGUCUGUAUUUGUGUAUUAAACAAAUAGGGUAAAUUGGUUUUAUUUGGUAGACUUAUAACUAACUACCAGAUAGUAAUUUUCUACAAAUGUCGCCAAACUGAUGAGGCUAUUUAUUUUAUAUUAUAGUUCUAAUUUAAAUAAUGACAUGAGAAUUUCCAUUUGUUAUGGUUAUAAAAUUAAAUAAGCAGUAUCUAGGUUAAAUGAGUUAACAACUUGUCCUUCCUUAACUCUGUUCACCCCCACAUCUCUUCUCCUACCCAUUAAGUUGGAGUCCCUGUCUGUUUUGGUGUUUGUGGUUUUGCAGAAAAGGAUUAGCUUCUUAUUUAGGUAUUGAUACUGGUAUCUUCACUAGUUAGUUCUACACAAAUGUGGGUGUUACCACCACCAGAAAAAUGACUUUUUUUGUUUCAUUAUUCCUUUGAACAAAAUUAUUAAGCUAAAUGACUAUUUGGGAAGGGGAAAUGAGGCACUUCUUAGUUGUAAAGGUCAUUUUUGCAUUGAUAUGAGGUCAAGAAUAUCUCCAAAUUUCUCAAGGAAGAGGAAAUCAAUAGCCAUGAACUCGAUCAAUUUCAUUGGACAUAGACACCAAAUGUGUUUGGUUUGCAGUAACCAGGAACCAUCAAGAUAGACUGAACUGUGAAGUUCAUCUGUUUCACAAGUAAUUAUAACAUCUGCCAGCAAUCAUUUUAACUAUGAACACUCACCAGCUCAGCUACCCUCUUACUACAACUCGGUAACCUCUCUAAAUAAGUAGUAAAAAUCCAAUACAUAUUUACAAAGGUAUAAAGAAACAACAACAAAAUACAGAAUACAAGAGAUUGAUGAUCAGGCAAAUACUUUCUGAUGAUCAUUUUCAAGUGUUGGUAUAAGCCUUGGUAAAAGGAUCAGAGCAUUCAGAACGGUGCCGCUCAAUUAUAUUGAAAAAAUAAGAUACAAAACUCUAAGACAUAAACCAUCAGAAUAACUGCUGUGGUCAAAGCCAAGCAAUAAUGUUUCCCCCCCAAAAAAGGUACCAGCAAGAGUAUGUAUUACAUACACAACAUUGCAACUUAAUUUUUUUUUACUUUAAGAAUCUCAGAACCCAUGCUAUAAAUUACCUGAAGUGAUGCUUUCUCCUUCAUAGUUGGAAAACUAUCUUUACAGAUUCUAUAAGGAUGUGUAACACUACAAAGAAUUAGUAAGGAUGUGGCCAUGUAUGUCAGCUCUCUGCAUGAAGAGAUCCUUAUGCUGGCCAAGAUAAGUAUAACAUUACCAUGGCUCCCCCAAAUGAAAACCAAGGAUGUGCAUAACAGGAUAAGAAAAUGAAAGCAUUAAACACAUAGUUAAUUUUCUGUCCUGUAUAGCACCAAUGCAGAAACAGUUGAUUUGACUCUGCAAAUGUUUACCACAUAGGACUAGUGAGAUCUGUGUCUCCAAAUUUUAAAAAAAUGAAAUAAAAUAAUCCUAAAGAUUGGGGAGGAAAUGUGUGAGUUCAUAUAUCUAAAAAGGUCUCACAUGAUGGAUUCCCUAUAAAGGAAAAAGUAUUGCAGUGGAGUUAUCCUAAACACCACGUCUUUGUGGACUCAAGUGCAGACUUGGUCCUUUGGUUGUAGGAUGCUACCCAUAUUUUGACAUUAUGGAGGGGUUUACUAGCAAAUAACCACCACAAUGAUACCUAUGAUAAAAUGCUCUAGUGAGUUAAAUAUGAAGAAGGAUUUUUCAAGAGGGUUUAAUGGGAAAGGCAUGAUUACUUGUCUUUGCAUCUUUAAUGUGUAAUGGGGAUUUUGGUGUGGGGAGGGGGAGGGAAGAUUGCAUCUAUUUCUGGGCUGAGGAUUCUAUGUUUACUUUUCAUCACUGUUGCUAUUACUAUUUGUUAAUUUUGGAAUUAAACAAUCUAUUUGUUUGCAAAAGUCCUCAGCAGUUGCUGAUUUUUCUGAUUCACAUAAAAUCUUCUUAUAAAAUGCAACCAUUUUGCAUGUGUACAGAGCACAAUAUAUUGAACGUGUGUAAGGCAUUAU